GGAUCAAAUGGAGUACUAUGACCCGCAAGUGAUGUUCACCAUCCCGCGGCUGGCGGUGUUGUCGUGUGUUUUGCUCAACCCUAACACGGUCGAGGGCUAUUCGCUGCUGAAGCCGUACACGCAGCAGUUGGAUUCGAUCAAGUCCAAAAUCAAACGCCUGGACUCUAUCGGGAUCAUGAAUUUGGAAAGGGAAUUG